AGACUCUCAGUCGUACAUUGACAAUAGUGAUUAAAGUGAUACACGGUCUUUUGUUCAGAAACUCAAGUGAAAGUUUUAAAUUUUGUACGAAUCCAUUACAGGACACACACCGAAAGCGGUUAAAUAAUCAGCGUCACUCUACGUAGUUCCUAAUUCUUAAAUACCCAGUGAUUCCUUUUUGUGAUCAAACUCAUUUGUAUAAAAGUGAAGUGACCUCUAUUCCUUUCAAACAAUUUCAACUUUUGCUUUUUUUGCAUUUAUACCAAAAUAACAAACACGGUUGCAGUAUAAUCAAAAUAACAAAAUGUUCAGAAAUAUUGUGAUAACAAUAUUAGUAGUAUCGGCGUGUUCCGGUGAAUAUCCGGCCCCUUAUCACUCGAUAGCAGUAAAUACAGACCUAUCAUCGCCAGGAUUCCAGAGAGAUGAUACACCAUUAUCGUUCCAAUAUAAUACCGUACAUUUAUAUUCCUCGCCCAGUCCAGAUCAUGAUACACUAGACCGUCAACCACACCAUUAUAAUUUUAAUCCAACCAACUACAUAAAUAUUCAAUACGCCCCUCUUGUUAAAUCAUCGAGUAGAUUGUAUAAUAAAGUACACAGUCCACAUGAUGUCAGCAUCAGAAAUUUCGAUGAAAUUAAAGAAGCUUUGAAGUCGCCGAACCGUCUCACUGCUCCUCCUACUACAACUACAGUAAAAACUGAUCAUUUGGAACCAAGAUUUGUGGCAACUGGAGCACCAGUAACAAACAAAACAAAAGCAAAAGAUCUGCAGCAACAACCAUUGCCACAUUUGGAUUACAUUCCUGGACACAAUGUUGAAGUAUUGCGAUCUGUCAACCGUAGCCCAGGAACAAAUGUUGUGUUCAAGAAUCUUUCGGCUAGUCCUGCUGAAUCUAUUAACAAUGUGCCUCAAAAAAUGGUGAAUGUCAUAAUACCUUACAAAUUUAGCCAUCUGUCGAACAAAAGACAACAACCGGAGAUGAGUACUCAGAACGUUUAUUUCUCUCUCGGUACUGCUGAACACAAGAAUACCUCCAAAGUGACAACAACCAGCCCUCGUCCAAUGACCACCACAAUGAUACUACCUCCACAACACAAACACUACAGUUACAUAUUCCCUAGAAAUCAUCAGCAAUUGAUUUUGCCAAAACCAAAACUAUAUAAUGCUAUGGAUGUGAAAAAAGUGAUGGCUGUAAAAAACGCGCCGACCGUUCUGAGUGCUGCACCACAACAAAAGUCAUCCUAUAUGAAAAUGCAUACCCUUUUACUGAACGUUGCACGAGCCUAUAACAUGGCAUUGGCUCCACAAAGAGUAGCUUUGCAUUCUGGAGCCAACCCCGCGGUGUUAGGCAUUCUUGAACCUAAUACACAAAUGUAUGUGAGAGCUUCAAGAUUAUCCUCGAUACCGCAGCGUAAUCCAUCGAAUCAGAAAACAAUUUUGUACCCAAAACAAAAAAAAAUAAGAUUCGCCAUACAUUCAUAA